GAGCGGCCCGCGGGCCGCCAUGUACGCGGGGCUGCAGGAGCUGGGGGUGGCCAACGGCGAGGACCUCAAGGAGACGCUCACCAACUGCACGGAGCCGCUCAAGGCCAUCGAGCAGUUCCAGACCGAGAAUGGCGUCCUGCUGCCCUCGCUGCAGUCGGCGCUGCCCUUCCUGGACCUGCACGGCACCCCCCGGCUCGAGUUCCACCAGUCCGUGUUCGACGAGCUGCGGGAGAAGCUGCUCGAGAGGGUCUCGGCCAUCGCUUUGGAGGGGAAGCUUGAGGAAAGAUACAAGAAGCUGGAGGAUCUGCUAGAGAAGAGCUUUUCCCUGGUGAAGAUGCCUUCCAUCCAGCCGGUUGUCAUGUGUGUCAUGAAGCAUCUGCCCAAGGUGCCUGAAAAGAAGCUCAAGUUAGUAAUGGCAGAUAAGGAUUUGUACAAAGCAUGUGCUGUGGAGGUGAAGCGCCAGAUCUGGCAGGAUAACCAAGCCCUGUUUGGUGAUGAGGUGUCUCCGCUGCUGAAGCAAUACAUCCUGGAGAAGGAAAACAUUCUCUUCAGCAAUGAUGUUUCUGUCCUGCACAACUUCUUCACCCCGUCUCCCAAAACAAGACGUCAAGGAGAGGUGGUUCAGAAGCUGACCCAGAUGAUUGGGAAGAACGUGAAGCUCUAUGAUAUGGUGUUACAGUUCCUGAGAACUUUGUUCCUCCGGACAAGGAAUGUUCAUUACUGCACGCUGCGGGCGGAGCUCCUGAUGUCACUGCAUGACCUGGAUAUCAGUGAAAUCUGCACCGUUGACCCAUGUCAUAAGUUCACUUGGUGCCUUGAUGCCUGCAUUCGAGAGAAGUUUGUGGACAACAAGAGAGCUCGGGAGUUGCAAGGGUUUCUGGAUGGAGUGAAGAAAGGACAGGAGCAAGUGUUGGGGGACUUAUCGAUGAUCUUGUGUGAUCCCUUUGCCAUUAACACCUUAGCCUUGAGUACCAUAAGGCACUUACAAGACCUGGUUGGGCAGGACACCCUACCCAGGGAAAGCCCAGAUCUGCUGCUGCUCCUUCGGAUGCUGUCUCUGGGACAGGGAGCUUGGGACAUGAUUGACAGCCAGGUCUUCAAGGAGCCCAAAAUGGAAGCUGAACUGAUCACAAAGUUCUUACCCAUGGUGAUGUCCUUUGUGGUGGAUGACCACAUGUUCACCGUAGAUCAGAAACUGCCCUCGGAAGAGAAGGGGCCGAUUCCUUAUCCCAGCGCGAUUCCCGAAGCUUACACCAAAUUCUUGCAGGAGAAUAGAAUAGCUUGCGAGAUUGGGUUGUAUUACUUCCUUCACAUCACUAAACUGAGGAACAAGAAUGCUUUCCUUCGGCUUCUGCCAGCACUAGCUGAGACAUUCAGUGACUUGGCCUUCAGUGAUAUUUUUCUGCAUUUGCUCACUGGAAACCUCACGCUGCUGGGUGAUGAAUUUGCACUUGAGGAGUUUUGUUCCAGUCUCUUUGAUGGCUUUUUUCUCACAGUCUGCUCAAGAAAGGAGAAUGUACAUAGACAUGUCCUAAGACUGCUGCUUCAUCUCCAUCACAAAGUGGCUCCUACGAAGUUAGAGUCUCUCCAGAAGGCUUUGGAACCCACCAAGCAGAGCGGAGAAGCUGUCAAGGAGCUUUAUAACCAACUCACUGAGAAGCUGGAGCUUCGCAAGCCCAGUCCAGCCGAAGUGACUGAGACUCCCCCCAUGGAACUGCCCUUGCCCGCUGUGCCCACGCCAACCUCGCGCUGAGCUCAGGCUCUAGUGCAGGAGGGAGAUGGGAGAAAAGCUAACCUGGUGCCCGGGGCGGGGAGGCCUCGCACUGCCUUGCCCAGCCUCUCUGCCUGCAGCAGGGAAAAGCCCCUGAAGCCCUUUCAGGAGACGCUGCAAAUUGCCCUGCUCGCUGGCACUGGCUGGUUAGAAAACUUGGUAUGCAGUGCAUUGCAAAGGUUUACUUUUCUUAAAGAUAGCUGAGUGUCGUCUUGUAGAUCAGCUUAAAUUUGACCUGUACAUUUUUUUUUUCAAAAAGAAAAGGCAUAUUUUUAA